AUGUGCGCGCUGUGCAAGAAAUUCGACGAGGACCUCGUUAUAGACAGGUUUCGUAAUAAGACUAAGACGGGGCGGUGGCUCCAGUGCCCGUCGCUCAAGUGCGGCUGUUACGUGCAUACGGACGGCGCUUUGGAGCGCGGAUUGGUGCGGGUUCUGACGGAAAAGGAGGCGGAAAGUGCGCUCACGGGUCCCCCAGAAACGGUAGCGGCGGUAGGCGCGGGAGGAAAGGGCGGAGCGGUGGGAGGGGGAGGAAGGGGAGAAACGGGAGGAGCGGCAGUCCCUGAGAAAGCAGCGUCGACGACUGGAGAUACAGCUUCCGUUGUUACUGGUCAGGAUGCAGAAGCUGUUGAGGGGGCGAAAAGGGGAAGGGUGGAGGAGAAGGAUACAGGUGCACGUGCGGGCGCGGGUGUUGCUUCGGGUAGUGAUCAAGACAGGGAUGCGCGGAAGGGGAGUGAGAGUAACGGAGGAGGGAAGCGUGUUAAGGUGGAGAGUGGUGUGAUCGAGGGGAGUAAGGCCAAGGUCAAGGCAGAACCGGAUGCAGCAGGGUCUUUAGGUGCUAUAGGGUUGCUAAACUCACCUCCGCCUAACCCAUCUCCCCCCAACCCACUUUCGCCCAACCCACUGUCGCCCAACCCACUUUCGCCCAACCCGUCUCCGCCCAACCCACCUCCGCCCAUCCGACCUCCGCCCAGCCCAGCACCGCCCAGUCCACUUCCGCCCCCUUCACCCAACGGCAGCGCCAGCCGCGCGGACAGUGACGCCGCGCCCAGCGCGUCCGCCGCUGGCGGAGAGGAAGGGGGGAGCCCCGCGUCCCCCCUUCCUAGCGCAGGCGCAGGCACAGGGGCGGCCGCAGGCGCAGGUGCGGGAGCAGGGGCGGUCGCAGGGACAGGGGUGGGCGCAGGAGCACGGAUGGGCGCAGGGGCGAACGCGCUGGGGAGUCCGGAAAGCGGGGGGAAGGGGCAACCCGCGCCUGCAGGGAAGCGGGCGUUUGCAGGGGGUGGGGGAACGGGUGCGCGCGUGCCAGAUUGUAUGCAAUACGUGUGCCCCCUGUGCGGUUAUACUAGUGCUAUGUGGGACCUGUUCAGAGAAAUGCUGACGACGAGUGCAGGGGUGAAGAAGAAGGAUAUGGGGAAGCUGAGCGAGGAGAUGGCGCGCGUGGUGAGGGUGACGCGCGGUGCAGAGUGGUGCGAGCCGUACCGGCGGCUGCAGGAGCGGUUGACUGCGGUGAUGCAGAGUAAUGAGGGGGUGAACAAGGUGGUGGGGGAGCUUCGCGCCUGCUUCGGCGUGCAAGAGCGCAGGCACGUGGCCACUAUGCUUGCUGCAGGCAAAAGCCCCCUUUCCUUCCCUCCUCCCCCCCUUCACUCCACUCCGCCUCCUCCUCUGCCCCCUUCCCAUACUCCCCGCGCCCUCGUACUUGCGAAUGCUCCUCAUUCUCCUUACUCAAAUCCUCCUCCUCCUCCUCCUCUCACUCCCUCGCACUCCAUGCUCCCGUCACUCCCCAGCCAGCCUCCUCCCUCGUCUGGGUCACCAAGCCCCAUGCAGAUCGACCCUCCUAUCAGCCCUCCUACCGUACCUCCUACCGUACCUGCUACCGUCCCUGCUACCAUACCUGCCACCGCACCUGCCACCAUACCUGCCACCGCACCUGCCACCAUACCUGCCACCGCACCUGCCACCUCACCUGCUGCCGGUCCAGUUCCGCCCCAUAACUCCUCCCCUUCAACGCACUCAGCGCACGCACAGUCAUCCUUGCAGCAGGGGCCAGGGGUAGCAUUACAGGGGGGCUUUGAGGCGCCUGGAAAGUCACAGGCAUUAGUGCAGCAGGGGUCAGGGGUAGCAGCAUUGCAGGGGAACCAGCUCGGCCCAGGGACUACCACCCUCCUAGGGACCGGCAGGGGCAGAGGGGGGAAUGGUAGUGUGCCUGUGGUGCCGAGUACUGGUGCUGUGACUGUUAGUACUGGUGGUGUGGGUGGUGCUGGUGGUGUGGGUGGUGCUAGUGGCAAUGCGUCGUCCGUUACUGCUCACCGGCAGCAGCAGCAGCAGCAGCAGCAUCAGCAUCAGCAGUUAAAUAGCAGACCUUCCUCUGGUUCUGCUGGUGCUGGUGUCUUACCAGGCCAACAGCACAGGACUAGCAGUGGGGGCGGUGAGCAAGGAGCAGCAGGGCAAGCAGUAACCUCUGGGGCAUUUUCAGCUUUCAACUCAAAUCCACUCUCCCCCACUGCCGCUCCUCGGCCCCCCACUCAUACCGGCCCACCAAACGCCUCUCUGAAGGCCUCGUACACCCUAUACAACACCCAGAAGAGCCCUACAAGUGCCUCUGCCUCCUCUAACGCCCUCUCUAUCGCCCUUUCCAGUUCCCCACUUACCCUUCUUCCAACCUGCUCGGCCAUGCAUGCGCGCAGCCCCAGCCCUCCCUCCACCCUUUUUCCAAGCGGCUCAACCACACAUGCUCGCAGCCCCAGCCCUCCUUUUACGACCCCUGGCAGCUGUAAUAAUCCCACUGCUCAUCCCCCUGCCACCACCGCUCUUCCGUCGAGCGCGCCGCCGUACAAUAAACCCAAUACCCCCGGGUCGAACGCGAAUCUCGUGUUUCGCUCAAAUAACGAUCCGGGUAGUUGUUCUCAUGGGAUAUCGAGCCAGCAGCAGGGCAACCACUCGUUCCCUGCGGUUUCGGUAGUGUCAGAAGGCCUGCCUCCGGGAGCCAAUCCACUUCUGCCACCUGGCCUGUGCCUGCCCUUCCCCCCUGGGAUAGUCACAGAGGAGAGGGUUUCGGCUUCUGCUCUUGGAUUGGCCCUAGCAGCACAGUGUGUGACUGUAGUAUCUGUGCCUGACGAGAGAGGCAUGAAUGGGGCGGGUGGGGCAGGAGGGGCAGGAGUGACAGGAGUGACAGUAGCACCAGGAGCAGGAGCAGGAGCAGGAGGGGCAGGAGCGGCAGCGGUGGCAGGGGAAGCAGUGGCAGCGGGGGGGCGAGGGGGAGGAAAAGGCGGAGGGGGAAGGGGCGGGGGAACAGGGGCGAGGGUUACAAUAGCGGAGAAGCUAGGACUGCUGGGGGAGCCAGAGAUAGGAGCGUAUGGAAUAAUGGGAGCAGGAGGAGCAGGAGGGGCAGGAGGAGCAGGAGCAGGAGGAGCAGGAGGAGCAGGAGGAGGGGUGAUGGGCAGGGGAAACAGGGGCGGAGGGGCAGGUGGGGCGUCAUGGAAUAAGGCUGCGCUGUCAGCUGUGGAUAGGAGAGACUCGAAGCACCUGAAAUCAGGGGCUGCGGGUGCAGCGGGGGCAGGGACAGGGGGAAGCGGAAGUGCCGGGGGAGGGGGAAGAUCAGGGUUUGGGGGGAUUGGACCCAGGGGAGGGGGGAGCGUGGGGAGUAUGGGGGGUUUGGGCGUGGGCAGUGUGGGGAGCUUGGGGGGAGGAGGAGUGUCGGCCAUUGCAGGGAUUGUUCAGCCACCACUGCCAGAAUUCAGGAACAUAUACAACGGCGCUCAGAUACCCCUCCCACCAACACUGAAGAAAUCAGCAACAGGAGGAGACUCCUUCCCUGCCCUCCCGCCCUCUCUGCUCGCCUCUCACCACAAUCUCUACUCUCGCCAAGUUCCCCCACUUCCCUCGCCACCCUCCUCGACCGCUCCUGCACCUGCUACUGGUUUAUCUGCUUCAUCUCUCCCUCUCUCCGCCACCACUUCUGCCACAGCUGCUGCUGCUGCUUCUCCUACUGUUGCUGCUGCUGUUGCUGCAACGGGUGGGAAUUGCAAAGCACCUGAGGGAGGGCGAGGAGGGGAGGGGGACGGAGGUGGCAGUGCUGGGAGGGCGGUUGGAAAUGGGAGAGUGGAGGCUAUGGGACGAGGUUCUAGUGUGGCUGCUGGUGGUAGUGGCGAGCAGAAGGAGCAGAGGGAGCAGCCAGGCAGAAACCAUGCUCCUGCUGUUGCAAGUGGUGUUGGUGCUGGUGUUGCUGGUACGGUUCGUUCAGGGCCGAGUGGGGAGGGAAGUGGGGCAGUGGACAAAGCAAGUAGGAGUCAGACAGGGCGACAAGCAGCAGAGCAGGGUACAGUGGCAGGGACUGGCAGUGGGGGCACUGCUGCCACAGCAGGUGCUGGUUCUUUGAGAGGCUCAGGUGGUUCAGGUGGGCUUUCAGGUGCCACAGGAGCUAUCUUAGCCAAUGGCAAUGCCUCCGCACUUCAAACUGCUGCCACUGCUCCGUAUACUACAGCUUCCGCAGGUGAUCCGAGCAGGGGAGGAGCAAAAGAUAGAGAGCGAAAGAGAGACGCAGAGAACGGGGGAGAGAUGGGCCAUGAGGAGGCGAAGAGGCAGAGAAAGGCAGGAGGCGAGGAGGCGAGUGGGGACAGAGGGAUGGUGAAUGGAAAGGUGAAAGGUGAAGGCCGGGAGUUUGCGGGAGGGGAGAUUCAAGGAGGCAUGGAGGAGGCACUGGUGGGAGCUAUAGUUGGGAAGCUGGAACGGAGGCGACGAGAUUUGGAGGAGAAGCGGAGGGAGCGGAGGGAGAGGCUGGACGUUAUUGUAGAGAAGCGGAAGGAGGUGCAGGAGGUGCGGGAGGAGAAGAGGAGGCGGUUGGAAGAGGUGGAAAGGGAUGCAGAGAGGAAGAUCUGUGAAGCGGAGGAGCUGGAGGUUCGGGCGGCGAAGGCCCGGGCCGAAGCAGAGGCGGCGGUUCGGGGGAAGGCGGAACUUACAGCAAGGUUACAGGAGGAGUAUAGGGAGAGAGAGGUGAGGGUGGUGAGGGAGGUCGGGGAGGAGGAGAGAGCGAGUGUGGAGUUGGAUAAAGUGAUUGCUGAGGGGGAGGAGAAGCUGAGGGAGAUGGAGAAGGAGAAGGAGGAGAUGGUGAAGAGAGUGAGGGAGAUGAUGAGAAUGAUGGUGACUCAGGUGGAAGGGUGGGGGGAGUAA